UGGUUUGUGGGUUUUUUGUUUUAUGUGUUUUUGGUUCAUGGGUCAGCGUUAGAAUUGUAAAAAGAUGCUUUCUUUUGGUUGUGGAAUGUGGGUUUUGUUUGGUUGGUGAGGAAAGUAUUUGAAUUUUAGGAUUGGUUUGUUUGAUGUUCCUUUGGGUUUGGUAUUUUAUGUUUUAGUCUCAUUUGAAUGUUUGAUUAGUUGCUAAGUUGGUUGAUUUAUUUGUUAAUUGGAUGAUGCUUGGGUGGAGGGAAAGCUGGAAAAAGAGGAGCUUUAGAAAGUUGAGGACUGAUUUUCUAUUGUUUGAAAAGAGAGGAGCCUGGCUGUGAUUUUCUCUUAAUGCCAUUACUUUUUAAGAGGGGGAGGUGUGAUUGGCCUAAUUGGUUUUGCUUGUGAGUGGAACAUCAUUGAGGCAGAAGUCUGUCAAUAUAUGCAUCUUCUUUGCUUGCCUCUAUUUUUUGAAGUGCACGUGUAUUAAAUUUGAAAAGGAAGUUUGCUUCUAUCUAAUAUAGAGCGGGCUUCUGAUCUUUUCAAGUGGGCCAAAUAUCUUUACAACUUUUCGGUUUGUGAUUCAUGUACAUUUUCUAUUUGCUUUUAACAUUUUCAUCAAGUUUCUGGACAACCAAUGAAAAGGAUAGGAAAUUGAAGUUUGGAAGAUUUUGGUGAUGCUAUUUUGCUUGUGAUAGCAUGAAACUUGAGUCUCUUUGAUUAAUUAUUCAGUUUAAUGGAGGUUUUUAUUUCUCAAUUGCCAAAUUGGUUCAUUUACACAUUUCUUGGCCUAGGUGUGACUUUGUCCAUGAUCACAUGCUUAGGUCAUAUUGCUGCUGAAACUGCAAAUGGUUGCUGCCUUUAUCUAUAUAUGUUUUUUGUAUUCUUACUCCUCAUGCUGGAGGCUGGAGUUACAGCUGAUGUAUUUUUAAACCGUGACUGGGAAGAGGACUUCCCAAAAGACCCAAGUGGGAGUUUUGAUCAGUUCAAAGGUUUCAUCAGAUCAAGCUUUGAACUCUGCAAAUGGAUAGGCUUGUCAAUUGUGUCUGUGCAGGGACUGUCUUUUCUAGUAGCAAUGAUACUCAAAGCUGUUGGGCCCCAUCCAUGUUAUGACAGUGAUGAUGAUUAUGCUUCAGAUAGGGUUCCACUCCUGAGGGAUGUUGUUCACCCACCUCCUUAUGUUGUUGUUAACCCUGUCACUGGAUCUAGAAAUGAUGCGUGGAGUAUAAGGAUUAACGAGAAGGCAAACAGGUGAUAGCUUUCACAAGGAUGGGAACUUGCAUUUGGAAGAUUGGAAGUGCAAUGUCACAACCCGCUUAUAUCAUCUGAUGUCCAAGAGCUUGUACAAGUGCUGAAGCUUUCGAGAAGGAAAAGGCUCUGUGGAUGUGCCGUCAGUACAUACAGGAUUUUGUGUACUUUUGUACCCAACCUUGUGUAACUAACACCAUAUAAUGUAAUAAAAAUCUUCACCUUCAAGUGAUGAAUUCUUUGUUGUUUAAUUAAAAUCUGGUGUACAGAUCUUCCAUGUAUGUUGUUUAUCCCAGUAAUGAGCAAUAGUGAUAACAUAUCUAUCUA